GCCGAAGUUCAUAUUUGUACUAGACGAUGACAGCGCAGUUCGUUUUCGUCCCUUCUUGCCCCCGCCAUCGUCCUGUCGGUGUCGUUCUCGAGCUCAUCGUUCACCACCGACGUUGAGCACUGCUCGUUCGGUCCAGUCUUUCCUUUAAACCCACUUUCUCUCCAAUAGUCGCUCUUUGUUUCUCUCCCCAACAAUCUAUAUUCAAAUCAUGGACCAUACCGCAGUUACCAUCGACACGUUCUCAGAGGACGUCAACGUUGCUGAUAAGAAGAGGCUCGAUGCCUUCAAACUCGGCAAUGCUAUGCCAUCCGAAUCAAACUCUGCAGCUCGCAGGUCCUCACAUUCCCGUUCGCGUUCUCGCAACCAUUCGUUAUCUCUUUCUUCUCUGUCUGCCUCCGCGAGCACCUCUAUGUCUGUAAUGAAUACAGCCAAGCUCGAAUCCCCUCCACCUUCACCUGUUCGAUCAUCUUUAGGUUCUUCUAAGCGGAACUCACAUCAUAGAAGGCGUUCGUCUGUAUCCACUCGCCAUGAAUCCGCUGAGAUGAUGGGCAUCGCUUUGCCCGCGAUUCCAGUAUCUUCAGAUGACAACAUUAACCUUGGUGACAAGGAUUCUAUUCGUCGCAGAGCACUUUGGACGCUCGAGGGCAAGACUGAUGUCGGAACCUUCUCUAAGGUGGACAUCCCCGAGAUUGACACUCCGGAAUGCCCUCAACGCCCAUUUGAGUUUCCAACGAAGCCCUCGUAUCCUCCUGGUGUGGGUGCAGGCUUCGGCGGCGGUCUCAGCUCUAUCAUGGGCAACAAGCGGGACCGUGACUCUUUUGGCAAGUUUAUGUCUUCGUCAGGUUCGAUAGAACAAUUGGGGACUCUGUUAGAGGAAGAAGAGGAGGAAGAGGACAACAAUGUCACGAUGACCUCUAGCCCAGUUGAGGAAGUUGCAGAACCCACUGUCGUCGUGACCACUCCAUCUCCUGCACCCGUCAGGCAUCGCCCAGCAAGCCUCAAUCUGAAGCCUCUCGCUCUCGCAUCUUCUCAAGCGUUGUCGUACGGCGAUCUUCCCACACCUUCACCUUCGCCUAACGUCCGUUCUGGCUUGAGGUCUCUCACGCUGACCACAAACCCAGAUCCCAGCGAGGAAACCGUCCAGUUUGGCAGUUCAAACCGCAAGCGCCACUCAAUGAUGGUCACAUCUACAACCUCAGCGUCCGCAACAUUGGCGCGACGUCCUUCAUUGAACAUCUCGUCGGAUGUGCAAAGCACUGUUCCAUCUUCUACGCCUAUCCGACGCACCAGUAUUUCUUACCAUUCAUCCUCAGAUUCAGGUCCACUUAUGAACUUUGGUCUUCCUACACCCGAUAUGACCCCGAUCUCCGAGAAGCGAUACUCGAGCUCCAGCAUGGACAGUGACUACAGUCGUGCCUCUUCACGUGGAUCACGUCCGCUCUCCGUUACGGAGCAGCAUUUUUUAUUCCAAGCCCAUCAGACGCUUGUUCAGCGCAUAAGUGAUCUUGAACGUGCACUGUCUGCACGGCCGCGCUCUCGCCCUCAGUCCUACGCUUCGGAUGUCUCGGCUCAGAGCGAGCCACCAAGCGAUGAAAUGCUGCAGUUGAUUGCGGAUCUGAAAUCGGAACGAGAUGAGUUGAAGAGGGACGUUGACGGAUGGCGCGCGAGGCUUGCUGACUCCGAGAAGCAGCUUGGUGUGCUGAUGCGACGUGUCGAAAAUGAACGUCGUGACGCAUGGGUUGCUCGCGAACGAGUUGGAUUACUCGAGAUCGAGAAGAGUACCUUACAGAAGACGAUCGAAGAGAAGACAGCCUGGGGAGAGGACGGGUGGAACAAGUAUCACGACGCAAGGUCCGAAUUGGACAACGUUCGUCAAGAGUGCAUGUCGCUCCAGAUCCAAGUGCAGCAACACUCUGAAUGCCCGAAUGAACUUUCCGCCGUUCAGGAAGCAUUACGAUCGGAACGAAGCAGAAGAGAGGAACUUGAACGUGAGUUGGAAGUUGCAGGUCUCCUAGCAACCCCAACUCCUCGGACGUUUGAGUACAAGGGUCUCCCCUCCAAACCUGUCUCUGCAUCAGUAUCUAGGCCGUUUGCCAGGCGAGGUGGUCUUGGAUUCAGAUCCAUUGAUUCCGCAGGUUCAUUCACGGAUGUCGAAUCCCUCGAUGGCACCGAUCGUCCUCAUUUCGAGCUGAAAGCUGUGCAAGAGGAAGAUGAGACGGACAGUCGAGAUGACGCCACCGACUGCUCGGAUAAUGAUAAUGAACUAGCUGGAUAUGAGGAUGAGGAUGAGAAUGACGCUUAUGCAUUCAACUCCUCGUCAUCAGCGUCUUCACUCGGCUCCAUUCAGGACAUGCAUCGUCAAGUUAACGUUCACAGCGAGGAGGAUUCUUUCGACGUGCCACCUCUCACCGCGUCCAGCCGCUGCAAUUCGACGUCUCCUUCACCCUUACCUUCACCCGAACCAGGUCAUGUUCGCCGUGCAUCGCUGUCAAAGACAUGGACUUUCCCUCUCAAGGCGGAGGUUCCUUACGAACGUGAAAUAGAUGAGAUUGAUCGGUUCUUUGGUUGCUUGGAGGAUGUGGAUGAUUCUCCUCCCCUCGGAAGAUUUACUUCCGCGGAAAGUGGAAAGAACAUAUUCUCUCAGGCAUUGGGUGAGAGUGACGAUGAACUCCCACCAUUCAUACUACCUGCGGACGUCGGUGUGGAGGUUGACAGUCCUCGGCAGCAUGACCAGCCGAAGACUGCUUUGGAUGUUGUGCUAGAAGAAGAGGAAGAAGAGGACGACGAAGAGAUCGAUAACCCUGAAUUGUUGAACGUCGCUGAUGAUGAGUUUGUAGGUCAAGAGGUGGAGGGGGGCAUUAUCUUUACCUUCAACCCUCCGCCUUUCUUUGAAGGGCCGGAGGAUGCUUCUCUAGAUUCUUCGGCUACUUCCGAUAUUCAGCCCUCCACUCCGUCGUCUCGAUCCUCACCGUCUUCAAUUCCCCGACCGACAACUACGAAGUCGUUCACGCUGUCACCUGUAUUGACUACGCCAGUUAAGCCAGUUCCAUCUGCGUUCGCUGGUUUUUCGCCUUCCUCUUUCUCGACACCACCUAGCAGAUGGAGCCCAUCGCCAACAUCCAUUCCCGCCAUAGGCCCCCGACCUUCGACUUCGGUCUCCCCUCCUGUCAUAAGGAAUAAACCGGCAUCUUUCCUUCCACAACCUCGACGAUCCUCUCCUGUGAUCUCAAGAAUACCGGUGCCUUCUACAAGGCCGACUAGCCCCUUAUCAAAGGCUUCCACGACAUCGAUGAUUCCAUCUCUGCGCAGCCCAAUCCGGUCUCGGAGAUGAAAUGCGAUGUGCAAUGUAUACCAGCACCCUCCACGCCAACUCUUUCUUUGUCAUCGCCCUUCAAUUCACCUACCCUUGCAGCCCGAUUAUCUCAUACGCUCACGAACUUCAUUCCAGUGUCAUCACUAGCAUCUUGGUCCCCUCUCUCUUCCAAGCUUACUUCUCCCGUCCACAUGUACAACAUCCCUACACCCUCUGAUCCAGUCUCUCCUUCUGGCGACACGUAUGGUGCCCAUCUUUCAAAGCCAUUUCCUCGAGGCCAGUUAUUUGUGUCGAAGGAGAAACAAUUGGAAAAGCUACGAUUGCGGUUAGAGGCAGAACGGAGGAUUUUCGACAGGCAUCGAUCGGCCCCGAUCUUCACAAGAAACAUUUCUGGAAGUAUUGUGCAGAUCUGAUCGUGUUUGGUACGUUUCGUUGUGAUGCAUCUGCGGCGGGAACCUACCCCAGGACUUUUAUUGCUGCGCCCUUCUUGAUUCACUUUGUAAAACACUUUUUUCUUCUUUUCACCGUGGACAUGUGCAUUCUGGCUGUCUCCCUCGGCCAUAUUUCCCCACCUCAUCAACCCUCAUUGAUGUCCAUCUGAACGUUUUCGAGAUGAGCUUGAUGCUCGUACCUUUUGAUGUUGCAAUUAACUAUGUGCAGAUUUGUGUAUACCACCCUCGACCUUUCAACGAUCGCAGGACCGCCAGUACUGCAGUCCAGUAUUGAGCUUCCAUGCUUCGUACCUAUGACUUCCCAUGUGUGUUAUGACUUGAUUAUUAAAUAACAGAUCCAUAUCACCAGAU